UGCCGGGCGGCAUGGCCAGCGCGGGCGGCGCGCUGCGGGUGCUGGUGGACAUGGACGGGGUCCUGGCUGACUUCGAGGGCGCGGUGCUGCGGGACUUCCGUGCCCGCUUCCCCGGGGAGCCGCGGGUGGAACUGCCGGCGCGGCAGGGCUUCUCCGUGCGGGAGCAGUACCGGAGCCUGCGGGAGGACCUGGCGGAUAAGGUAGCCAGCGUCUAUGAAUCCCCUGGCUUCUUUCUAAGGUUGGAUCCAAUUCCAGGAGCCCUUGAGGCCAUGCAGGAGAUGAUCCACAUGCAGGACACCGAGGUCUUCAUCUGCACAAGCCCUCUCUGGAAGUACGAGCACUGCAUCGUGGAAAAGUAUCAGUGGAUAGAGAAGCACCUGGGACCGGAGUUUGUGGAACGGAUUAUCCUAACCCGAGACAAGACGGUCGUAGCUGCUGACUUGCUGUUUGAUGACAAGGAUACCAUCAGAGGUGCAGAGCCAAACCCGAGCUGGGAGCACAUCCUGUUCACCUGCUGCCACAACAGGCACAUCCAGCUGCCGGCGCCGCGCCGGAGGCUGCUCUCCUGGGCCGACGACUGGAAGGGCAUCUUGGACAGCAAGCGCAGGCAGUGACACAGGAAGGGGAUGCUGUGCUCUUCCCACUGCUGGGGAACCACCAGCUCAUCCACCUGCAGGGACACCCACCUCAGGAGCAGCAAGUGGUCAGCCAGGCAGGGGCACC